AUGACUAAGCACGAAUCUUCUAACAAUCACAUUUCUGCUUGCCUGAUAUAUAACAAAUGGAAUAGCGAUCAAGUAUUGGACACGGACUUGGAUAAAACGCUGAAAUUUAAAAAUAAUUAUUGGAUUAAAGUUUUGGAACGAGUUAUUAACGUCACAUUGACUUUGGCUAAAAAUAAUGUAUCAUUCAGAGGAGACAAUGAAUCGUUAUAUCAUGGCGAUCACAAUCGUGGCAACUUUCUAAAUAUUAUUGAGCUAUUGUCAAUUUAUGAUCCAGUUUUGAAAGAGCUUUUAUCAAAAGAUAAAAAAUGUGUAAAAUAUUUGUCGCCAACCAUUCAGAACGAAAUUAUCAACCUCUUAGCCAAUGAGGUAAAAACUGAAUUGAUCAGUCAAAUAAAUGAAUCUCCAUUUUUUUCAGUAAUAAUGGACACAACUCAAGAUAUUUCAAAAAUUGAUCAAGUGAGUUUUGUAGUGAGAUAUGCCGACUUCAUCAAGGAUAACGACAAUGUUAUUCGUGAUGUUGUUAUAAGGGAAGUUUUUCUAGGGUUUGAAAAAUGUAUGGGGCAAUCUGCUGAAGACAUGGUGAAACAAUUAUUAUUAUUCUUUGAAAAGAAUAAUUUGAGCUUUGAAAGACUACGAACUCAAGGCUACGAUGGUGCGGCUAACAUGACUGGCGUCUACAAUGGCCUGCAGGCCAAAAUUUUGGAAAAACAACCCAACGCGUUAUAUGUAUACUGUGCUGCACAUAAUCUAAACCUAGUUAUCAAUGACUCUGUAAAAAUUUCAAGGGAGUUACAAAAUUUUUACGAUUUUGUAGAAAGUCUUUAUGCAUUUUUUGCACAUAGCAUAAAACGAUGGGCAGUAUUGACGGAAAUGUUCGAAUCCAAGAAGCACACAUUAAAACGAUUGUGCCCAACGCGAUGGUCGUCUCGUUAUGAUUCUUUUCAUAGCUUAAGGUUUCACUAUCGAGAAAUUUUACAAGUUUUGACAAAACUAACCCUAACAAGCUCGAAAACAACGGAACAAAAUGAAGCACUGGGAUUAAAGAAAAAACUGGAAAAUUUUGAAACAGUUGUAUUAAUAGUGAUAGAACAUAAAAUAUUAAGUAUCACAAAGCUUGUGUCCAAUGCACUGCAGAGUAAAAACCAAGAUAUUCAAAGAGCGUCAAAACUUUUGGAAACUGCUAAGAAAGACAUUGCAGAAAUGAGGAACAGUUUUGAGGAAGUUAUUAAUGAAGCAGCUGAUUUAGCUCGUGGUUGGGAAAUCAAUCCAAGUUUUAAAGAACACAGGAUCCGCAAAGUGAAAAAACAAUUCGAUGAGUUAUCAUGUGAUGAACGAUUAUUCAACGCCAAAGAAAACUUCCGUGUGUCGGUGUUUAAUAUAACGUUGGACGUUAUUAUAUCUCAACUUGAAAAUCGAUUCAAAGGGUUAAAUAGCGUAGUUGAAAGAUUUAAAGUAAUUUUUCCUUCGGUCUUGAGAGAUCAUUCUGAUGCUGAUUUGGUCCUCCUAUCUGAAAACCUGAUCAGCUUUUAUUCCUAUGAUCUAUCAUAUUCAUUUUCGCAAGAAAUUGUAAGUUUCAGGCGAGUUUUUAUCAAAUAA